CUGGAACCUUGCAUGGGGCGCCAGCGGCGGCCGAGGGAGCGUGACUGCGCUGCGCAGGGCGCUAGGAGGCAUUGUCGCCACCCAGCCUUGGGAUGAAAAUGAAGUGAAGUAAAUGAAGCUUGACAAUCUUGUCUGUCUAGUUUUGGGGGCUCAGGAGUCCACUCCAGCCUCGUCAUCCCAGGUGCAGGCCCCGUUGUGAACAGCAGACCGGCCUUGCGGCUGGCAGCUAGACACCCGUGUCUGCAUGCUGAGGAAGAUGGGUGAGGCCGUGGCCAGAGUCGCGAGGAAGGUCAACGAGACGGUGGAGAGUGGCUCUGACACCCUGGACCUGGCUGAGUGCAAGCUGGUUUCCUUCCCCAUUGGCAUCUACAAGGUCCUGCGUAAUGUCACUGACCAGAUCCACCUCAUCACCCUGGCUAACAACGAGCUCAAGUCCCUCACCAGCAAGUUCAUGACCACAUUCAGUCAGCUCCAAGAGCUCCGCCUGGAAGGCAACUUCCUACACCGCCUCCCCAAUGAGGUCAGCACACUGCACCACCUCAGGACCAUCGACCUGUCCCGCAACCAGUUCCGAGACUUCCCCGAGCAGCUCACCACCCUGCCGGCGCUGGAGACCAUCAACCUGGAGGAGAACGAGAUCGUAGACGUACCCGUGGAGAAGCUGGCUGCCAUGCCAGCCUUGCGAACGAUCAACCUCCGCUUCAACCCGCUGAACGCCGAGGUGCGCGUGAUCGCCCCACCACUCAUCAAGUUUGACAUGCUUAUGUCUCCAGAGGGCGCACGGGCCUCCCCACCUUAGGCCACCAUCCUCAUGCCCUCCCAGCAAGGGACAGAGGCCACUGGCCUGCCGCCUUGAGGGAAGGGAGUACCAUGGUCCAUGGAGGCCAAGCAUGGGGGGCUGGGGCGGGUGGACUGAACAGCACAUAGUGGGAGGGGUGCAGGAGGUCCAGGAUAGAUAGCUUAGAGCAGUAGUGGGUUCUGGAAUGCCUGAGGGAGGAAGUGAGGCAGGGGCUGGAGCCUGGACUCUGGGCACUCAGAGCUGCUGUGCAACUUGGACACAUCUCCUGGCCCUCUCUGACCCUUGUUACUUGGAAAAAGGGGUGAUGGCAGGGAACGUUUGCUUCCUUGGGCCUCCACAGAGGUUUUACAGGAAUUACACACUUCCAAAUUACUCUGGAAACAUUAGGCACCCUCUGAGCCCACAGGUGAGCUUUAUGGAGCAUUGUCUGGGCCCCUGGGUUAGAGCCUUUGUUUCUAGGGAUGAGAAACAGUUGUUGCCUUAAGGGGAAUAGGAGAGAACCUCCACAUAUUUAUUGCUUCCUGAGAAAUAGCCUGGAGGAAGCUCUUCACAGUGCCUGUCCUCAACUCUGUGGUCUCUGGAAUGGCGGGGACCAAAUGAGGACACCUGGAAAAGCCACGGAGCGAGCACAGCCUGCUCUGCAGCAGAGUGAGAACGUUGAUGUAGGAGCCCCAGGACCAUCAGGAGAAAAAUCAAGGCCGCUUGGUCUUUCUUGUGUUUAAGAAUCCAGUGGGGCAAGGCCAGCAGGUUGUGUGGUGGUCAAGGCAUUGGAGUCCCACAUGGUCGGCUAUGGUUCAAACCUCGGACCUGGUGGUUUGAAAAUCAGACUGA